AUGCUGCACCAACUUCUCAUCUUGACAAUAGCCCUAACAGUAAAUGCUGUCACCGAUACAAAUUACAGACUGAAUACACCAAUUGUCCCAACAUCAUACGCUAUAACAAUUACUCCAUAUUUCGAUACUGGUAAUAACGAUGCUUUCACCUUUGAUGGAGAAGUCACUAUAAAAUUCACCACGAACAAUGUUACUAAUCAGAUCAAGUUACACUCUGAAGAUUUAACUUACACAGCUUCAAAUAUCACUAUCACUGCUGGUACUACAAACAUACAACUAAAUGCAGCAGAACCUCUUUCAUUUGAUGAUAAAUACACCUUUGCGUUCAUAAAUUUGCAAAUAGACUUGCAACCCGGCACAGAAUAUACCCUGAAUAUUAUGUACCGUGGACCAAUCAGAGAUGACCUUAACGGUUUCUACAGGAGUUACUACUUCGAAAAUGGUGUGAAAAAAUGGCUGGGUGCGACGCAAAUGGAGUCAACUCACGCGAGGAAAGUAUAUCCUUGCUUCGACGAGCCUGCACUUAAGGCUCGAUUCACACUCACUAUUGACCGUCCGGCGCAUUACAAACCAUCUCUUACCAAUACUAAAUUGCAGACCACAACGAACUUAACUAACGGUUUUAUCAGAGAGAUUUUUUACGAAACUCCUGUCAUGUCUACGUAUUUGGUCGCAUUCUUAAUAUCCGAAUUCGAAUUUGGUGGUUAUUACACUAACGGUACCAAAGAAUUUGGUGUCUGGUCUAGACCUGACGCUAAAGACCAGACUGAUUACGCCUUCGAAUUCGGUCUCAAAGUUGUAAGCGCGCUGAGUGAAUAUUUCGGAAUUGACUACUAUUCAACUAAUUUAAAACUGGAUAACGUUGCUAUACCCGACUUUCGAACUGGUGCUAUGGAGAAUUGGGGUUUGAUGAAAUACAGGGAGGCGUUAAUACUGUACGUUCCAGAAGUUUCCACGCCCUUUUACAAGUAUCGUAUAGCACAGAACAUCGCCCAUGAAACAGCGCAUUUGUGGUUUAGUAACUUAGUAACAUGCCAUUGGUGGAGCGACACUUGGCUUAACGAGGGCUUUGCAAAUUACUUUCAGGACUAUAUUACAGCUUUGGUUGAACCAGAAGUAGGUUCAGCGGACAUUCUCGUUACAGGCACCUUAUAUUCUGCAUACGAUGCAGAUGACAAUGCAAACGCAGUACCAAUCAGCAAUAUCAAUGUCAAUUCCCCCUCUGAGAUCGACAGCCACUUUGGCACUAUCACUUACCAAAAAGGUGGUAGUGUCGUCAGAAUGAUGCACCAUUUGCUUGGAGAUGAUGGGUUCAAAAUCGGUUUACGAAACUACUUAAAGACAAAUCAAUUCUCUUCUGGAUAUCCAAAUGACAUGUACACAGCGCUGGAACAGAGUGUAAACAGCACUGGUGCUUUAGCUGGAUAUCCUGGGUUCACCAUUACCGACAUUAUGAGGUCAUGGAUUGAGCAGGCUGGUCACCCUCUUUUGUAUGUGAGCAUAGAUUACAACAACGGAACCGUUACAUUAACACAGGAACGAUUCUAUACUCAUCCUGGGGGUGAAUCUAACGAAAUUUACAAAAUUCCUAUAACAUAUACAACCGGAGUAUCCCCAAAUUUAUAUAACCAAAAAAUAAAAAUAUUAAAAAAUAAAAAUAUAACCAAACCAUCCUUUAUAAUGGCAGAUAAAACGCAUUCCUUCGUUAUCCCAAAUUUGGGUCAUAACUGGGUGAUUUUCAAUGUUCAAGAAUCAGGAUUUUAUCGAGUUAAUUACGAUGAUAUGACAUGGGUUCACAUCAUCAGCGCUUUAAGUGGAAUAGAUCGAAACAAUAUUUCUCCUCUUAACCGUGCCAAGAUUAUUAACGAUCUUUUCCCAUUAUUUUUCGCUGAUAAAGUUAAGUUUAAUCUCGUGUUCGACGUUUUGGAUACUAUGACGGAGGAGUCUGACUAUUCUGUAUGGUUAGCAGUCAUUCGAGGUCUCGGCAAACUUCGUAGCAGAUUCGUUGGCACCAGUACUAUAAGUAAUAUUGACUAUACCAAAAUUACACCAAGUCUGAGGCCAGUAGCUUAUUGCCAAGGUCUACGAAGCGGAGAUGGUGAGGACUACGAAUUCUUAUGGAAACGUAUGGCGACCACUAACGUAGCUAAUGAAGCACGUGUUAUUGCUGAUGCCCUCAGCUGUACUACAAACGAGGAAAAAUUGAAGGCUUUUCUAGUGUCAAUGAAGGAGGAAGACAGUCCAAUCAGAACCCAGGACCGCGAUGUACCACUCAAUGGUGUGCUCAGUUAUUAUGAGAACGUGCAGUUGGUUCUAGAAGAAGUAAAGAAGAAUUUGGACCUUUGGAACGCAAUUUCGAAGACUGGGUAUUAUCUUGUAACAAAUGCUCAACAGAAGCACGAAAUGCGGCGCGUGAUGCCCUUUCAGUGUCUCGUAACAUCGCUACGUGGGCAGCCGGUCACAACGAAGAUGUGAUAUCAACUUUAAAUAACAACGCCAUGUUUAUAGCACCAUCAAUUAACUUACUUACGCUUGCUUUAUUUUUUAUUACUUUCUACAAGUAUUAGUCCACUUACACCUGGAAGUGUGUUUUUAUGGUAAAAAAAUCGCGUCAAUAGGAAUUAUAGCUUCUUUCUCAUAAUAACCUUUGUAUUAUCAGCCUUCAAUUCGUCACA